AUGAAUAUAUUUAGAAGGAAAGAUGCUAGCACAUCGAGUCUCUCGACUUCAACUAGCGAAGCUGUUUCAGUUUCGUCUAAAUCAAGCUCUGCUAGUACAACAACUUCAAAAAAAGGUGCAAAGUUGAUAAAAUGCCACACACCCUUUGAUAAACCUGUCAACCCUAUUAAACCUCCGUCAUUUGAUUUAUCAGAAGAGGAACAGAAGAAAUACGAUCAAGUUUUAAAGCACUUUCAAGAGCAUGUCAAAAAGGAGUUACCAGUAAAUGAUCAAGCAGGUGCUGCAAAGCAUGUGGUACUCGAUGAGGAGGUAGCUUGGUUGACUAAGGAAUGCUUCUUACGUUAUUUACGUGCUUCCAAGUGGAAGUUAGAAACUGCUAUCAAGCGUAUUGAAGAGACUCUUGUUUGGCGUAGGACUUUCGGAGUUGUAGAUAUUCCUGAGCAUACCGAUCCGAAAAUACUUAUUACACCGGAAUUAGUGGAAGAAGAAAAUGUCACUGGUAAAAACCUUAUAGUGGGUUAUGAUAAUGAUAAUAGACCUUGUCUCUAUCUUAGAAAUGGUUAUCAAAAUACUCCGCCAUCCAUAAAGCAGGUUCAGCAUUUAGUGUUCAUGUUAGAAAGAGUUAUUCAAUUUAUGCCUCCAGGACAAGACACGUUAGCUCUAUUGAUUGAUUUCAAAGCUGCACCAGCCCACUUGAAUCUCUCGUCUAAAUUCCCAUCAUUAUCUAUAUCAAAGCAAGUAUUGAACAUUUUGCAAGGUCAUUAUCCGGAAAGAUUAGGGAAAGGUUUAUUCACCAAUAUACCUUGGAUUGGUUACACAUUUUUCAAGGUUGUGGGACCAUUCAUAGACCCAUACACGAGGCUGAAAACUAUUUACGAUCAACCAUUUGAGAAUUUUGUUCCUAAAGAACAAUUGGACAAAGAGUUCAAUGGAAACUUGGAUUUUGAGUAUAUCCACGAUGUUUACUGGAAAGAGAUGAAUACGAUGGCUGAAAGAAAACGUGAGAAUUAUAUCAAGAAUUUUCAUCGAUUAGGUGCAAAAGUCGGUUUGAGUGAAUACGACUUAAGGCUAAUUCAUGAUACUGAUUCACAGUAG